UUUGUCACAAAGCAUGGAAAAAGCAAGGCAUUCCAUAUCAGAAGUAAUUCUUUGUGUCAGCAAUACAUCCAAAGUCAUUAUGAAGUAUAUAAGAACAAAUGCAAAGAACUGGGCCUGAAGGAAAAUCACCAUGCAAUACCGCAUGAUAUAGCGAAUAGGAAGAAACAAGGGAAGAAUGUCCAACAAAUUCUAAACCAG